AUGGCCCAGACAUACUACCGUCGACCAUACUCGCUACUCUGGUUUUUCGCCAUCCAAUUGACCCUCAUGAUCAUUUAUAUAAUCCUACUCACCUUGGACAAGCACCCUCACCUUGCGUUUCUGACUAUCACCACCGUCAGCAUAAACAGUAUCCUUGGAACUCUAUUUGAUCCGGAGACUUGCUACAAAACCAAAACAACACUGGAUGAUGGGACGGUGGUUCGCGUGAAGAAACCGUUUAUCGGCCUCAAGUCGCAUGAAGACCUGGUCGGGUUGACGGGAGGAUAUGAAGUGAGGGUUGACGGAUGGCGCUAUGAGAAGGCUUUGAUACGGAUUUAA